CAGGAGAAGUUUCUCCUCGUCAGUUACUGGGGACCCCUGCGGUUUUACGAGUUGCUGCGACAACUAUACAAUGCUGUCAAUUCCACGACUAGUGGGAAGUGGGAAUGCGGAGGGCCAUGCCAUGCCCGGAUGCGCUAAAGUUGAGUCUUGGUCAACGUCUGCCAUUCGAUCAUGGACGGACGUACUUACAUAUCCGCUACCCUAUCUAGAGUCAUAGUCGUCAAUCGCGGUGGCGCAUGCCUCAAAACGAGAGCGUGUCCGUGCACGAACGAAGUGCGUGUUUGUCAGGUGUGGGGUCCAUCCCCACUUCCCCACCCCCACCCCCAGUCUCUUCACAUUCCAACCCGGUACCCGCCGCAACGUUCCCCAGAUCCGGGAUCCAAUUUCAGAUACCUAGCCAAAGUGCACAUAGGCGCCUCCAUUCUCCCACACAGAACCUCCAGGCGCGCUCUACACGCUUUCAUUUCUUUCACAAUCUAUUACUUACAAUGACCAAUGCUCGGGUCCGGGGCCAGAGCUCCUCGGGUUUCGGCUGCUUACGCAGUACUAUGUGCGCGCCCCAUAGGUCUAUCUGGAACUUUUCCGAAGCAAAACUCUCGGCCCGCUACGAGACCGCUCCCACACCGUGUACUUUCAUCAUCUUCGAGCCGGAUCCUAUUAAUCUUACGUACAAUCCAGACUGCCAAAUGCUGUUCUGACCUAUGGGUACCAGGUCCCGUCCUGCUGUGCGUAGCUGUGAAACGCCUCGUCAAUUCCUCCCACCCAGGGCG